AAGGUCUCCCUGCCCAUGGCCAAGCAGCCGGGGCGCUCAGUGCAGCUCCUCAAGUCGGCGGACCUGGGGCGGCAGAGCCUGCUCUACCUGAAGGAGAUCGGGCACGGCUGGUUCGGCAAGGUGUUCCUGGGAGAGGUGAACUCGGGCAUCAGCAGCACCCAGGUGGUGGUGAAGGAGCUGAAGGCGAGCGCCAGUGUGCAGGACCAGAUGCAGUUCCUGGAGGAAGCGCAGCCCUACAGGGCCCUCCAGCACACCAACCUGCUGCAGUGCCUGGCCCAGUGCGCCGAGGUCACCCCGUACCUGCUGGUGAUGGAGUUCUGCCCGCUGGGUGACCUGAAGGGGUACCUGCGGAGCUGCCGGGGGGCCGAGGCCAUGACCCCGGACCCACUGACCCUGCAGAGGAUGGCGUGCGAGGUGGCCUGCGGUGUCCUGCACCUGCAUAGGAACAACUACAUCCACAGCGACCUGGCCCUGCGGAACUGCCUGCUCACCGCCGACCUGACCGUCAAGAUCGGGGACUACGGGCUCUCGCACUGCAAGUACAAAGUUUGACGUUCUCUUCUCGUACUGACCCUGCAUACUUGGCAGGACGACUACUUCGUGACGGCCGACCAGCUGUGGGUGCCGCUGCGCUGGAUCGCACCCGAGCUCAUCGACGAAGUGCACGGCAACCUGCUCAUCGUGGACCAGACCAAGUCCAGCAACGUCUGGUCGCUGGGCGUCACCAUCUGGGAGCUGUUUGAGCUGGGCAGCCAGCCCUAUGACCGCUACUCCGACCGGCAAGUGCUCGCCUACGCCAUCAAGGAGCAGCAGCUCAAGCUGCCCAAGCCCCAGCUGAAGCUGUCGCUGUCGGAGCGCUGGUACGAGGUGAUGCAGUUCUGCUGGCUGCAGCCGGAGCAGCGCCCGACGGCGGAGGAGGUGCACCUCCUGCUCUCCUACCUCUGCGCCAAAGGGGCAACGGAGGCGGAGGAGGAGUUCGAGAAGCGCUGGAACUCCAUGAAGCCCAACGGCAGCGCCAGCGCCAGCCACCAUGGCGUCGAGCUCUCCUCCUUCCCGCUGCUGGAGCAGUUCUCGGCUGAUGGCUUCCCCUCGGACGGGGACGACAUCCUCACCGUCAUGGAGACCAGCCACGGCCUCAAUUUUGAGUACAAGUGGGAGCACACCAAGACCGAGCACUUCCAGGCGCCCCUGGGGUCCCUGAGCCCCAGCAGUGCCGCCCGCUACCACGACCUCUACUACCCCGCCACGACCGCGGGGCACCUGAGCCUGGGGGUCUCGCCCUCCUGCUACGAGUGCAAGCCGCCGGGCUGCCCCGGCUUGCCGGCACCCGGCCUGGUGCCCAUCCUGGGCGCCCACAGCCCCUCGCUCGGCAGUGAGUACUACAUCCGCAUCGAGGGGCCCGGGGAGGGCAGCGCUGAGCUGGACUACGCCAUGUGCGCCUACAGCCCCACGGGCGAGCGGGGGUCCCCGCACCCCCCGUCCUGCUGGAGAGCCCAGGGUGCCCACGGCAGCGGUGCCUACGACUCCGACAGCAGCCCCACCGUCUCCCUCAGCAUGGAGCCGCUGCUGGGCCACGCGCCGGCGGGUGAGGGCUCCUGGGAGUGCGCCGAGUACUACCCCUACCCCUGCCCGGGCCAGGAGCCGCGGGGCUACGAGCCAUCCCCCAGCCACGGGGCCGAGGGCUACCUGCUGGAGGAGGAGCCCUCCCAGCCGGGCACCCAGGACUGGCCCGUCCCCGGCUUCCAGCCCAGCAUCUUCGCCGACCCGCUGGGCGUCUCCCCACCGGUGAACUGCGCCUACAGCCCCCGGGGUUACGGGGAUCCCCGGUCAGCCCCGCCGGGUGGGCGGCUGCCGGGGCAGAGCGGGGCCCAUCCGGACUGCGUGGCACUGGAGCUGGGUGAGGACAGCCCCCCCGGAGCCCCCCACUCACAGGGCGUGAGCCCCCCAGCUCAGCGGCAUCCCUGGGCCUCCAACAGCUCCUCCAACAACAACAUCAGCAGCGGCAGCCCGGCGUCCCGCGAGCCCCCGGCCGGCGACAGCUGGUGCUACCGCCGCAUGAUCACCUUCCGGGGGCUGAUGGCCAAGCCGCUGGGCACCGUGCCACGCGGCCAGCCCCAGCUCGGGGGGUCCCCUCCGGGCCACGACUUCCGCCGCCUGAGGCAGGAUCAGCCCCCCGGCAUGGCCGGCGGCUCCUCCUCCCCGUGCCGCUCGCCCUCCCCGCGGCGCCAGGCCUGGCACAGCCGUGACUCAUCAACCUCCGGCCGCUCGCAGGCAGCAACGCUGGCUGGCAGCCCCGGCACGCCGUGGGGCCCCGGCACGGCCCCGCCAGCCGGAGCGGGGGCCCAGCACGAUGCCCGCCCGCAGGAGAGCGUGGAGGGGAACAGCCCUGCCUGCAGUCCGCUGCCCCACAGCAUGGCUGCACCGGGGCUGGGGGAGGCCGCCCCCGUGGCCGGUAUUGCCGCCCCGAACCCCGGCCCCCCUGCGGAGCCCGGCGUAGAUGGUGCCCAGCCUGCGCCGGAGGCCUCUGAGGCGCCUGUGCCGGUGCCCAGGGAGGCUGCCGCCGAGAGCAGUGCAUGUGCUUCUGGUGACGCGGACCGGACGCCGGACAAGACCUUCUCCAGCGGCAGCUUCCCCAGCGCGGACGAGGGCAGCGACGAGGACACGGCGGAGCUGACCUCCGGCGUCUUCACUGACUUCUCUGGGGACUACAUGGAGCGGGUGGAGGCGGCCCCGGCGUUCAAGUCCCUGCAGAAGCAGGUGGGGACGCCGGACUCCCUGGAGUCGCUGGACAUCCCCUCCACAGCCAGCUCCUGCGAGGUUUUCAGCCCCACCGCCUUCACGCCCGCCGGCCAGCCCAAGGCCCUUGACAGCGGCUAUGACACCGAGAACAAUGAGUCCCCCGAGUUCGUCCUCAAAGAGCCCCACGAGCCCCGAGAGCCGGAGACCUUCAGCCAGCUGGGGAAGCCGCCCCCCGGGCUGCCGGGGGGUGAGGGCGAGGGUCCGGCCCCUGAAACGCGGCUCUCCACCUCCCUCGGGGCUGAGCUGCACAGCCUUGCCGAGAAGAACCCCUACCGCGACUCUGCCUAUUUCUCUGACUACGACACCGAGGCCGAGCGCGGCCCCAAGGAUGAGGAGGACAGUGACGGGUCCCAGACCCCAGAUGCAGAAGAGGGUCCUCGGCCCCCCGCGCAGGACCUGGGGCGAGCCCUUGUGCCGGGAGAGGACCUGCUGCACCCCCCGGGGGCACCUGGCAGCCCCCUGGCAGCACCCGGUGCUGUGGUGGCAGCGGACGUUCCGGCAGUGGGGGUUUUGGUGGGGGACUGGCGGGGGGCAGAGGCCGGGAGUGCCCCGGCCAGCCCUACGGGGAAGGAGUCUGGCACCGAUCAGCGACCCGCCGGCACGGGGCCGGUGCCGGGCAGCUCCCUGCUCCCUGAUGGAGACGCCUGUCCCCCGGGCUCUGCGCCACCCAAGACUUUCUUCUUGACCCCGGUGCUGGCAAGCCCCGGGGACCCGGCACCCGUAGGAGGGAUCUGCGUGCCCAUGGGUGUCCCCGGACUUGGGGGAGCCACAGCUGGGGGUGAACAGACUGUGCCCCCCACACCGGGGCUUGGGGACACAGGGCUGCCCCCGGAGGGGACGGGGGUGGGCGACGCGCCGGGGGGUCCCAGCACACUGCUACCGGGGGGCGAGUCACCCCCGGGCCUCUCCCCACUCCCGUCUGCCCGUGAGCUGCGCCAUGAGGAGCUGGAGGAGGAAGAGGAGGACACGGAGGACAGCGACGAGUCGGACGAGGAGCUGCGCUGCUACAACAUCCAGGAGCAGAGCGAGGAGAGUGAGGAGGAGCCGGCGGCCGUGCCCAUCGUGGUGGCCGAGAGCCAGAGCGGCAGGAACCUGCGCAGCCUCCUCAAAAUGCCCAGCCUGCUCUCCGAGGCCUUCUGCGAGGACCUGGAGCGCAAGAAGAAGGCCGUCUCCUUCUACGACGAUGUUACCAUCUACCUCUUCGACCAGGAAAGCCCCACGCGGGAGCUGGCUGAGCAGAGCUUCCCGGAGCCCCCCCAGCUGUCGGAGCAGCCCCCCGCCGGCGGCAGCCCCCCCAGCCCGGCAGACAGGCUCAGCGCCUCGGAUGACUCCUCGGAUGGCAACGCCUCGGAAGAGAGUGGCGGCUUCGAGUGGGACGAUGACUUUCCGCUCAUGCCGGUGAAGCCGUCCCUGAUGUCCUCGCUGACAGGGACACCAGCGGAGCCGGACCCGGCCGUGCCAGUGCUGCCUGCGCUGCCUGCACUGGUGCCGGUGCAGAAGCAGGUGCUGCCCAUCCAGUUCUCCCGGUUCACGGUCUCGCCCGCCCCGGUGUCCCGGUUCUCCAUCACCCACGUCUCCGACUCGGACAUGGACUCCAUAGGAGGCAGCAGCGAAGACGGUGACCGGGAGUGA